AUGACUUUCUACUGGCCCAAAGUCAAGACUUUGAUAGGAUUCAUCUAUUUUAUGCUCAGUUCCAGUGACUUUGCAACAGGACUCUGUGCAGGUUUGCACACCCUCAUAUUCAUCACAAUGCUGGGUCUCAAGCAAUCAGGUGACCAGUCAACCUCAUACAUCUUCAUUCUGAUAGCUCCCAGUUACUUCCUGUCUGUUGUUUCAUUCAAGGUUUCAGCCUUUGUCAGCAUGGUCUUUGCAGUCAUCCGUACCAUCAGAAUAAUCUCUCCCAUAUCUUCCGUGGUGAACAAAACAGCUGUAGUUAUUUCUAUUUUUGUCUGGCUCGCCAUCUGGGUUGCUUUUUUUCUUAUUGAAACAGGGGUCUUCAUAAAAGAUUCCAAGGAAUCUGAAGAUCCUGCCGAAAUGAAAAAGAAUGCACUCAUUGGUCACUUCUAUCAGCCAAAUAAAGCAAAGUAUAUACAGGAUCUCUUUGGGAGUAACAAUGAUGAAGAUGCCAAGCCCAACUCACAAGGAGAGAUGAGCAGACACGGAGGAGUCUCUGCCGAGUGUGCAAUUGAUCUGCUUUACACUGGUCUCCCAGUCUUUCUAUGUGCGGGGAUCACUGUUAUAGCUACCAUUAUCCAAGUAGUAGCUCUUCUCAGCAGGCAGCCAAUGAGUAGCAACCAAGAAGCUGAUAGACGAAGCAAUACCAAGCUGAGCAUCACUAUUAUACUUAUUGGAAUGGUAUUUAUCAUUUGCUCAUCCUGCACCCUGUACCAACCUUUCACUGUGUGCUUUUCUGAUGACCUUGGCGCGGGGGUAGACCGCAGAAGACUCUAUAUCAUGGGAUAUAUGCCCUUCUUCUUCAAUGCUGCAUCUUGUUUCUGUCAACUGUUACUUGCUUCUCAUGUUUUUUUAAACUCUGCCCCUACUCUUGACAAGGCAGUGAGAAAACUACUGAACAGUCUACGGAGCGAAACCCACUUAACUAGAGUGGAACUGACACUAAGAAGUUCUCUGUUGCUGAGAGCGGAGCGUGCUGCUGGACAACAUAACUCACUCUCUAACAGGGGAUUCAACAUGGCUAUAAACAAGUUUUCUAUCAUGACCCCAAAAGAGAAGUCACUAUAUCUUGGAGUAACAAACAGCACACAGGAUCAUGCAACUAAGGAAAUAAGACCUUCUCCUCCCCAAUCUGGAUAUUCAGCACUUCCGAUAGAGUUCAACCAUCGUUAUCACGGGCACGUGACAGCAGUCAAAGACCAGCAAUCUUGUGGAUCAUGUUGGGCAUUUGCUGGAGUUGGAGCUUUUGAGGGAUCUUACUCAUCUGCUACUGGGGUCCUCAAAUCUUUCAGUGAAAAGGAAGCGUUAGACUGCAGUUAUCCCGAGGAAAAGGAUGGCUGUAGAGGAGGCUGGUACACAUCAGUGUGGAGCUACAUCCAGUCAGCUGGUAGACUAGCUGCUAUGACGGAUAUACCUUACUUUCCAGCAGCUGAUAAAUGUAGCCGAUGGAAAGAAAAAGCCAACGGAAUAAAGAAUGCGGACUACAUCGGUCACUACAAAGCCUCCUCAAGCUCGCUGGAGAGGAUUUUAACAAUGUAUAUCCCAGCAGCGGCAUUUACAGUAGAGGAUGAAUUUUACGCGUACAAGGAUGGUGUGUACAGUGGAUGUGAAACCCCCAAAAGGGUAAAUCACGGGGUUGUUAUUGUUGGGUAUGCUCCUCGAUAUUGGGAGGUUAAGAACAGUUGGGGAUCUGACUGGGGAGACAAAGGGUUUGCGAAGUUCUCCAGAACACGUGUAAACAUGUGUCAGAUCACGUCUCGUGUCAUGUAUACUGUUGUUAUUGGGAGAGAUAGAGGGGAGCACGAUCAACCUGACGUCAUACCUGGUAUUGGUUACUUUCCAGAUUACUUUCAGUGGUUACUUUCCAUGGUUACCUUCCGUGGUUACUUUCCGUGGUAACUUUCCAUGGUUACUUUCCGUGGUUACUUUCCAUGGUUACUUUUCAUGGUUACUUUCCGUGGUUACUUUUCAUGGUUACUUUCCAUGGUUACUUUCCGUGGUUACUUUCCAUGGUUACUUACCAUGGUUACUUUUCAUGGUUACUUUUCAUGGUUACUUUCCGUGGUUACUUUUUGGUUCUUUUUUAUGAUUGCUAUACUUUUUGGAUGCUUUUAUGUACCUUUUUAUUACUUGUUGUUUACCUUUGCGUUACUUUUUUGUUACUUUUUCAUUACUUUUUCGUUACUUAUUCAAGUUAAGCCUGGCAAGCGAAAAAAGGUGGAGUCGAUAUCGUGUCAUGAAGUUCAUCAAAGUUUAAGUAUACGACUAUAAUAUAUGGUUCAUAUCAAACAGUGCAAUUUCUAAAAUACAAUUUACCAGACAAAUGUAACCGUCAAGUCGAUAACCGUCAAGUCGGUAACCGUCAAGUCGGUAACCGUCAAGUCGGUAACCGUCAAGUCGGUAACCGUCAAGUCGGUAACCGUCAAGUCGGUAACCGUCAAGUCGGUAACCGUCAAGUCGGUAACCGUCAAGACAAGUUCUGGAACUGGUCCAAGUAAUCAGUUAUUUAGAAUAUAUAUUCGCAUGUAUCCACACUACAUGAAAUUGUGCUGUAUAUGAGUGGUGAUUUCGCUCUGAGAAUCAGGGUCAGUAGCUCAAUUGGUAGAGCAAGAUACGCGAAAUGUCGAGGUUCUGGGAUCAUUCCCCAGUUGUCCCUAGUUUUUCAGAGUUAAUCAUCACCUAUAGACAGCAUGAGAGUAGGCCUGGCCAUCUCGAAGUGAUGGUCCAAGUAAUGUAAUACUAAUAGUAAGGAGUACUGUGCUGGAACUUUGCCAGCUCCUGCAAUUCGACAGAUACGUAGAUCAAGAAUAUUUAUAGUUCUUACGUUAAUUCAUAGGUCAGGUGACAUUUUUUACCUGUCGGUCGUAGUAGGUAGUUAGUCACGUGAUACGCGUAAUAAAAAAACGUGAACAAAACAGCGGGAUUAUCAGGAUUGAUUAUUCUAUCCCGGCUGAUUAUCCUAUCAGUAUCCCAGAGGUGUUUAUAAUCGUGAUAGGCUUGCUGAAUUGCUUCUGUUAGUAAUAGGCUCACAUGUACAACUACAUCAACUAGUGUCCACUCUCUACCUGUAAUACAAGGUACAUGAUUAGUAGAAGUAUAAUAGUGACAUCACCUAGAUAAUAAAUCAUACUGGUAUAUAAACAUACCAAUGUCUUAUAAAGUUACGACACCAUCUCAUUGAUAAGUUAAUUCUUUGACCACUUGACAUAUUCAUGGCCGUUUAGAAACGGACUGUUGUUGUUUUUCUUAACAUGGUCAUCUUUGAGCAGAUGAGUCAUCAGUCAACAGCGUACAAGUAUAAGCAGUGAAAGAUUAAACAGAUUUGAAACCAAGUUGGAGAAAUAUGUCUUCCAAACCCAAAGAUUCGUCCAGAGUCCGACAGAAAGCAACAAACAGUACUGGAGAGCCCUCACGGAGAGUGUCUUCUCUGGAAUCUGUCCGUGAAGAUGAAGAUGACGAAAAGAAAGAAAGAAAAACAAUGCAGAGUAAAUCAGUAGGAAGCAGACCAAAAGCAGUGCCAACAAAUCUUUCUAUGAUCAAAGUCCAGGAGGAGAAAAUCAAUGUUGCAGAUGUGAAAAAUUUGAAGGAUAUAACCGCUCUAACAAGCAAGAUACUCGAGGAAAACAAAAAUGUGGUAGCAGUCGAGGGAAAUUUGAAGAAAAAACUUAUUCUCUCCUACUUGCCCCCACCACCAGCUCCGGUCACUAUUUU